AGCACAUUUGUUCCGUAGAUAUUAAGAGAUAUCUAGAUCUAGAUCUAUGGUUGUCUGGGGACUUUGAAGUGUCCUGUCGUGGCUGGAUAUAUCGCUCUGUUACAUCAUAGCCAAUGCUUACAAAGUCAUGUUUAAAAAAUUACUCUAUAUAUUCCUGUGAGCAAAACAAAAAACUAUCUGCAUUGAUCUACAUUUAUUGACGAAUAGUAUUUGUCUAGUUCAGCGCCAUGGCUGCACGGGCGUUGAUCUACCUCUUCUUUACGUUAGCCACAGUCAAAUGUUUUCCCACUGACAAUAGUACUACAACACAGCCAACGACACAGGAAACAGCAAAAGAGCGCGAAGUGCGAGAAUUUCUCGCCACAUACAACCAAGAGUACAGCGCCUUGAAAUCCAGAUUAGCAGAAUCUGAGUAUCAACUGAGGACCAACAUAACUCACGAGAACGAAGAAAUAUAUAACAAAGUAUCUCUCGAAGAGAUUAAGUUCCGACAGAAAUAUUCAGAACUCGCCAAACCUUUGUACAGCCAAACGACUAAUCCCGACUUUCAAAGGCAGCUUCAUUUUAUACUUGACAUCGGCGACCUGGGCCAGAAAGAUGAAAACAAGACCAAGGAGACUCUAAAACUACUCGACGAGAUGAGCGCCAUCUAUUCAGAAGCUAAAGUUUGCCUCAAGCCUAAUUUAUGCAAACCAUUGGAUCCAGACAUUCACGAUAUAAUGGCCAAUUCCAAUGACUAUGAUGAACUACUAAAGGCCUGGGUUGGAUGGAGGGAUGAGACUGGGAAGAAGAUGAAGUCUCUUUACAGUCAAUUUGUCGACCUGUACAAUGAAGCGGUGCGUCCAGCUUACAAAGAUGCUGGGGAGUACUGGAAAUCUUGGUACGAGACGCCUACAUUCGAAGAAGAUCUGCUGGAGCUUCUGGCUCAGAUCCGCCCACUGUACGAACAUCUACACGCCUAUGUCCGAAGACAACUGAAGAAGAUUUAUCCACAAGACAAGUUCCCCUCUACAGGACACAUACCAGCACAUCUUCUGGGUGAAAUGUGGGCGUCCGAGUGGACAACCCUUAUAGACCGUAUCAAACCUUACAACGCCUCCUCCCUAGACGUUACGGACACGAUGAAAGAACAGGGCUACAAUGUCACGUCCAUGUUUCGAACUGCUGAGAGCUUCUUCAAAUCUUUAGGCUGGAGAGACAUGGUUCCAGCUUUCUGGACCAAGUCUAUGAUGGAGAGGCCCAAGGAUAAUUUGACAGAAGUUGAGUGCCACGCCUCCGCUUGGGAAUUUUCCAAUAAAUCUGAAUAUGCGAUCAAGAUGUGCACAUCCAUAACACAAGAAGCUUUAAUGAUCAUUCACCACGAGAUGGGGCACGUACAGUACUUUAUGCAUUAUGAGGACCAGCCAGUUGUUUACAGAGAGGGUGCUAACAAUGGUUUCCACGAAGCUAUUGGAGACGUGAUGGCCUUGUCUGUACAGACUCCAGAACAUCUGAAGAAGAUUGGUCUUCUGAAAGAGAUACCUGGAGACAGCGAGACAGACAUCAACUUUUUGAUGAACAUGGCCUUUCAAAAAGUGGCAUUUAUUCCGUUUGGUUAUCUCAUUGACCAGUGGCGUUGGUCAGUGUUCAGAGGGGACACCAAGCCUGACAACUAUACAAAAGAUUGGUGGGAUCUCAGGUGUAGACAUCAAGGAGUGUCACCGCCUGUGUCCAGAACGUCCGAUGACUUUGACCCUGGAGCCAAAUUCCACGUCGCUAAUAACGUACCUUAUAUAAGGUACUUCAUCAGUUUUAUUAUCCAGUUCCAGUUUCAUGAGGCAGCGUGUAGAGCCUCUGGACACACAGGUCCACUGCAUAGAUGUGACAUUUACGAAAGCAAAGAUGCUGGUAAACUGAUUGGGGACAUGUUGAAACUUGGACGGUCCAAACCCUGGCCUGACGCCAUGGAGAAAAUUACUGGACAACGGAAGAUGGACGCAGGCCCACUCUUGGAGUACUUUAAACCCCUCCUUCAGUUCUUGAUUAAAGAAAAUGGCAACGACUACGGAUGGGACCCCAAGUGCCCUGAGUUCGCUCCUGAAGUUGACAGCGGCUACAAGAAUCCUCUAGAAACAUGCAGCAAAGAGAGUGUGGAUCACGUGAAGUCUGAUGUAGCAGAAGCGGAGAAAUUUCUUCUAGACUACAAUGAUAAAGCACAAGUCUUAAAAACUGCUGCAUCUGAAGCGGAGUUUAAUUACGAAUCAAAUUUAACUGAACAUAACAAGAAUGCUUCUUUGAUCGCACAACUUACGAAAGCAGCCUUUGACCUGGAGUAUCAACAGGAGUCCUGGAAGUUUAACGUGACCGGCAUGCCGGAACACAUCAGGCGACAGUUUAAGUUUGUCAGAGACAUUGGAGCCUCGGCCCAGCCCGACAAGGAGAAACUACAGAAGUUGAAAGGAGCAAGGCUUGAAAUGCAAUCUGUAUAUGGUAAAGGAGAAGUUUGUAUAAAAGGCAACUGCAUGACUUUAGAGCCAGGGUUAACUCAGCUGAUGGCUACCUCCAACGACUAUGACGAGCUGCUCGAGGCCUGGGUCGGCUGGAGAGAUGCCACAGGCCGAAAGAUAAAGAGCAAGUACACAGAAUAUGUCCAACUUUAUAAUGAGGCGGUGCAGAAACUAUGUUUCAAAGACACAGGAGAGUACUGGAGAUCGUGGUACGACACUCCAACAUUUGAAGAAGACAUAGCCAACCUUUACGCCCAGAUACGCCCACUCUACGAGCAACUACACGCUUACGUCAGACGUAAGCUUCAACAGAAAUACAGCCAAGUUAAAUUCCCAUCUACAGGACAUAUACCAGCACAUAUACUCGGCAAUAUGUGGGCUCAGGAGUGGACUAACCUGAUCAAAGAUGUAGCGCCUUUCAAAGAUAAACCGACGGUAGAUGUUACUGAUGAACUUAAAAAACAAAACUACACAGCCGAGACUAUAUUUAAGACGGCUGAGAGCUUCUUCGUUUCCCUGGGGCUUGAUCCAAUGGUACCUCUAUUCUGGAACAAGUCAAUCAUAGAGAAACCAAACGGAACAGAUAUGGUCUGCCACGCCACGGCAUAUGACCUAUAUAACGGCAAAGACUUCAGGAUCAAAAUGUGCACGGACAUCACUCAAGAAAACCUGGUCAUCGUCCACCAUGAGAUGGGCCAUGUCCAGUACUACAUGCAGUACAAGGAUCAGCCAUUGGUCUUUAGGGAUGGCGCGAACAACGGUUUUCAUGAAGCUAUUGGAGAUACCAUGGCCCUUUCUGUUCAAACACCUGAUCACCUUUUCAAAAUAAAUUUGCUUAAAGAGCUACCUAACGAUGCAGAGACAGACAUCAACUUUUUGAUGAAGAUGGCGCUUGAGAAAGUUGCAUUUUUACCGUUUGGCUAUUUAAUUGACCUCUGGAGAUGGUCAGUGUUCAGUAAUCAGACUACGCCGGGAAAUUACACCGAGGACUGGUGGAAACUCAGAUGCAGAUUGCAAGGAAUCUCCUCACCUGUUAAGAGAUCUUCAUUAGACUUUGAUCCAGGAGCCAAAUAUCAUGUCCCAGCUGACACACCUUAUAUCAGGUACUUCAUCAGUUUCAUCAUCCAGUUCCAGUUUCACAAAGCAGCUUGCGAGGCUUCAGGUCACAAAGGUCCCCUACAUAGAUGUGAUAUCUAUCAGAGUAAAGAGGCUGGAAAACGUAUUGGAGACAUGCUCAAAAUGGGUCAAUCAAAACCCUGGCCAGACGCCAUGGAGAAAAUUACUGGACAAAGGAAAAUGGAUGCCGGCCCACUCUUGGAGUACUUCAGACCCCUCCUUCAGUUCCUGAUCAAAGAAAACGGCAACGACUACGGCUGGGACCCCCAGUGCCCCGAAUUCCCUCCUGAGUAUGAGAGCGGCUUCAAGAAUCCUCUAGAAAGUUGCAGCUCUGGCCAAGUCGAGCACGCGACAGCAGAUGUUGAACAGGCGGAACAAUUUCUGAAAGAAUUUGAUAAAGAGGCAGAGCUAGUUAAAAAUGCGAAGGUGAUUUCGGAAUUCAAUUACGAGUCAAACUUAACGGAAUACAACAAAAAUGAAUCCGUAAAGAUGGCGUUGCAGAUAGCUGAGUUUGAUCUUAGAAAACAAAAAGAGUCUUGGAAGUUUAACAUUUCUGGAAUGCCAGAGAACAUCAGACGACAGUUUAAAUUUGUCAGAGAUAUUGGAGCCUCGGCCCAACCAAAUGUGACAAAACAACAGUUGCUGAAAAAUGCAAUAUUAGAGAUGCAGUCAAUCUUUGGAAAAGGAAAAGUUUGUAUACAGAAAGACCAGUGCUUGAAUAUGGACCCAGGACUCACAGAUCUCAUGGCUAACUCCAAUGAUUAUGACUUACUACUAAAGGCCUGGAAAGGUUGGAGAGACGUCACCGGCCCGAAGAUGAAAGAUUUGUUCACAGAAUUUGUUCUGCUCUACAACGAGGCCCUCCGAAUCUCGUGUUUCAAAGAUGCUGGAGAGUAUUGGAGAUCAUGGUACGAUAGCCCAACAUUUGAAGAGGACAUGGACAACCUUUACGUUCAGAUACGUCCUCUCUACGAGCAGUUGCAUGCGUACGUCAGACGUAAGCUUCAGCAGAAGUACAGUCAACAUAAGUUCCCUGCUUCAGGACACAUACCAGCUCAUAUACUGGGUAACAUGUGGGCUCAGCAAUGGACUAGCAUUAUCAGAGACGUUGUUCCAUUUAAAAACAGAUCAUCAGUUGAUGUCUCAGACGAGUUGAAGAAGCAGAACUAUACAGCAAGAAAGAUUUUCGAGGCUGCAGAUGAAUUUUUCGGUUCCUUGGGACUUGCAAGAAUGGUUCCAGAGUUUUGGCAGAACUCAAUCAUUGAAAAACAAAAUGGCACAGAUAUGAUUUGUCAUGGGACAGCGUAUGACUUCUACAAUGGUAAAGAUUUCAGAAUUAAAAUGUGCACCACUCUGACCCAGGAGUCGCUGGUCACUGUUCACCAUGAAAUGGGUCACGUAGAGUACUACAUGCAGUACAAAGAUCAGCCUCAGGUCUUUAGGGAAGGAGCCAACAAUGGGUUUCAUGAAGCUAUUGGUGACACAAUGGCACUAUCUGUUCAGACUCCAGAACAUCUCUUCAAGAUUGGUCUACUCAAAGAACUGCCAAGUGAUAAUGAGACAGACAUCAACUUUUUGUUGAAGAUGGCGCUUGAGAAAGUUGCAUUUUUGCCAUUCGGGUAUCUGAUUGACCUCUGGAGAUGGUCAGUGUUUAGUGGUAAGACUACACCAGAGAAAUACACUGAAGACUGGUGGAAACUCAGAUGCCGAUUGCAGGGAGUUUACUCUCCAGUGAAAAGGUCAUCCACUGAUUUUGACCCAGGAAGUAAAUAUCACAUUCCUUCCAACACACCAUAUAUCAGGUACUUCAUCAGUUUCAUCAUCCAGUUCCAGUUUCACAAAGCAGCUUGCGAGGCUUCAGGUCACAAAGGUCCACUACAUAGAUGUGAUAUCUAUCAGAGUAAAGAGGCUGGAAAACGUAUUGGAGACAUGCUGAAACUGGGUGCCUCCAGACCUUGGCCUGAAGCCAUGGAAGUCAUCACUGGUCAAAGAAAAAUGGAUGCCUCUGCUUUGAUGGAAUACUUCCGCCCCUUGAUGGAAUUCUUGCGCAAAGAAAAUAGGGAUGACUUUGGUUGGAGCCCCCACUGCCCUGAUCUGGAAGAGAAACCUCAACCACCAGCUAACACAAAAACACAAAGUGGAAACAACAGCUCUAAGUUGGCAACAGUGUCUGCAUUCUUUUUUAUGCUUCUCACUAUUACAUUACAUCUUGUCAUUUCAAAAAACAUUAUGUACUAAAAAAAAAUAUUUUUACUGCCCUUAUUUGUUAAAUUAUUUGCAUAAUUUGCUAAAAAAAAAUAUAAAAAAACUAUAUUUGAAUGUUGUCAAUAACACACUAGAAGAUUUGUGAUAUUUUUUUUACAUGAUUAUGCAUAAAAUGGAAAGAGUGUGUUGCCAUAUUUUUAUUUAUCUCUGUUUAUAGUUCCUAUGCUUCUAGGUUCAUCUAUAACUUGAACAAUGUGAACAACUAUACAUAGGACAAGAUUUAAAUAGAGAGAUUGUCUGUAUAUCCUUAAUUUGGUGAGAAUGAUUUGGUUAUAAAUCAGUAUGUGUGCAUGUGCACUUGAUUUCUAGAAACAUAUCCUGAAUGUCUAAUCAAGAAAAUAAAAUAAAACUUAUUAUGUAUUAUAUUAUACAUGAA